AUGGCCCUGGCAGCCCUGACUCAGGAGGUGCCUCUUCAGCUCAGAGCCUGUGUCAUCCUGGGGGUGAUAUUCCUUCUGUCAUCCAUAUGUAUAGUGGUCAAAGCCAUCCAUGACCUCUCAACAAGGCUGCUCCCAGAAGUGGACGAUUUCCUGUUCAGUGUCUCCAUUUUAAGUGGGAUUCUCUGCAGCAUCCUGGCCGUAUUGAAGUUUAUGCUUGGGAAGGUUCUGACCAGCAGAGCACUCAUAACAGAUGGGUUCAACUCCCUGGUGGGCGGCGUGAUGGGCUUCUCCAUCCUGCUGAGCGCGGAGGUGUUCAAGCACAACGCAGCGGUCUGGUACCUGGAUGGCAGCAUAGGUGUCCUCAUCGGCCUCACUAUAUUUGCCUACGGGGUCAAGCUCCUCAUCGACAUGGUGCCCAGAGUGAGGCAGACGCGUCACUACGAGAUGUUUGAGUGACGGUGGCUGGUGGGGCUGCGCCACAUCAAGACCGUCAGGACAGUGCGAGGUUUCCACGUAGGCAGAUGGUGCCAAUAUUUAACUGAACAUCCAGUUUCUUUUUUGGAAGUUUUCUUUCACACAGUUUGUCAUCACGGGACGAAGUCUGCCCAGUGGUCGAUCUGACCUGCUCCCUCCCUCCGCUGCCCCAUCAAACACAUUAGGACAUCUCCCAUAGGAGGGGACAGGCUUGCCAUCUCCAGCAGGACUGACAUCCUCUAUUUUCUGGAGUAAAUGGUUCUUGGGGAUAGAGUAAGAUCUCUGCUUGGCAGAAAGUUUUCCAGUGGUGCUCCAAGCCUGAAAUGGAUACUUAACUGACCAGAUCCACCUUCUCCAGACUGUGCGUGGCUCCAGCCACCUCCUCGUUCUGAAGUCCCAUAUCCCCUGGCAGAUUUUAAGGGAAGACU